AUGAGUGGAAGAGCUCCAUCUAGAUCAUAUGAUAUGAUUAUGAAAUUGUUAUUAGUCGGAGAUUCAGGGGUUGGGAAAUCUUGUUUAUUAUUAAGAUUCGUUGAAGAUAAAUUCAAUCCUUCCUUCAUCACCACUAUAGGUAUUGACUUCAAAAUCAGAACCAUUGAAAGUAAAGGUAAAAAGAUCAAAUUACAAGUUUGGGAUACUGCAGGUCAAGAAAGAUUUAGAACCAUUACUACCGCUUAUUAUAGAGGAGCUAUGGGUAUUGUAUUGAUUUAUGACGUUACUGAUGCCAGAAGUUUUGAAAAUGUCGAAAACUGGUUUAAUACUGUUACUCAACAUGCUAAUGAAGAUGCACAAAUCUUUUUAGUUGGAAAUAAAUGUGAUGAUAGUGAAGGUAGACAAGUUACUGUUGAACAAGGACAAGAAUUAGCUUCUAAAUUGAACAUACCUUUCUUAGAAGCCAGUGCUAAAUCCAAUACUAAUGUUGAUUCUAUAUUUUAUGAAUUAGCUUCUAUCAUUCAAGAUAAACAUGUUGAAACUGAACCAGAAAAGGCUUCAGGAAUUGACGUUUCUAAAUCCGGUAAUGCUGCCAAAUCUAAUUGUUGUUAA